UCUGUACACACUACAGUAGAUUAUCCUAUUAGCGACCGCGGCACAUGCUCCGUUAUAUCUACGGAGAGCGGAACUUUUAAUGCUGAGCGUGGGGCUGAGGUCAUUGCACAGUUUAGUGCUAGGGGGAAAAAAAUCGUCUCUUAGCCUCCAUUUUGAGUAGUAUGGAAUAGCAUAGUUUGUAUCGACCACUACGCUGGCAGUGUCAACCUAAAAACGACACUAAGAGCCUCCGACAUGGACGACCUGUUCAGUCCGAGAAGGAGCCUGAACAGCACGCAGGGGGAGAUCAGAGUGGGAUCAAGUCAUCAGGCUAAGCUCCCUGAGCUGCAACCACGCCCUGUGUUUGGUGUUCAGACUCAGACAGAGAAUGAAGAGCUGGUGUGGAUGCCAGGGGUCAAUGAUUGUGACCUCCUCAUGUACCUCAGAGCUGCCAGGAGCAUGGCAGCGUUUGCAGGGAUGUGUGACGGAGGAUCCACAGAGGACGGGUGUUUGGCGGCCUCUCGUGACGACACCACACUCAACGCUUUAAACAUGUUACACGCCAGCCGUUACGACGCAGCUAAAGCUCUCCAGCGCCUAGUGAAGAAACCUGUGCCCAAACUCAUUGAGAAAUGUUGGUCAGAAGAUGAUGUGAAGCGGUUCAUCAAAGGUUUGAGACAGUACGGAAAGAAUUUCUUCAGGAUUCGCAAAGAGCUGCUGCCCAACAAGAAAUCGGGGGAGUUGAUCACAUUCUACUAUCACUGGAAGAAGACGCCUGAGGCUGCAGGCACGCGGCCGUACCGUCAGCACCGUAGACAGCCGUCCUCACGCAAGGCCAAGACUCGCGCCACUGCUGCCACUGUGAACACACCUUCCCAGUCCCAAUCCAUGGACAUAAGUUCAGCCAGUGAGGACGACCUGGACAGUGAAGACAGCGAGCAAGGCACCUGUGGACACUGUGCCACAACCACCUCUAAGGACUGGCAGCACGGAGGCCGGGAUAACAUCCUCCUGUGUACCACCUGUCGUACCUACUACAACAAACAUGGCCGCCUGCCGCCUGGCCCUAAGCCUGCUGACCCUCCCUUCAUGUUCAAACCUGUCAAAGAGGAAGAGGAGGGCAACGGGAAGCAUGGCAUGAGGACGCGACGCAGCAGAACACCGUUGUCUUCAUUAAGAAGUGGCCACAAGAGGCUGACUGGCUCUCCUACCAGUGAAGACCAGCAGUCCAGUAGCCAUCCCUCUCCCGCCCCCAGUGGAGCUAGCUCCACCUCCAACGUAUCCAGAACCUCCUGUUUAGAGAAGACUGAUAACACAAAGAAGCCUGGCAAGAAGAUAAAGGAAGAGGCGCCCCUACCAAAGAGUACUAAACGUUCCAGGGAGAGUGCAGCCCAGGACCCAGAGGAGCCUGAGAGAACACCAACUAAAAGGACGAAGACACUGCAGGUCAGACAGAGUGGUGAACAGGCAGAGUGCCGGUCGGAGGGCGAUGGAGAGGCUGAGGCAGAGGGGGGUGAGGUGGAGGAGGAGAGCUGCUCAGACAGCCGCAGUGCCCAGGACGACGGCAGCAGCGACACCAAAGACAUCGACCAGGACAACCGCUCCUCCUCCCCCAGCAUCCCCAGCCCUCGCCAGGGCAACGAGAGUGACUCCGACUCCUCUGCCCAGCACCUCCAGGGUGCCCACCAGGCAGCAGCAGAGACCGUCAGUGCCCCUGCUGCUGCCCUGGCUGAAACACAGACCCCACAGAUUGUUCCUCCACCACAGGUUGCAGGCUCAAACACAUCCCUGCCUCCCCAGGGUACCUCUCCCUCUGCAGAGCCUGGCCAGGUACAGGCCCAGGCAACCCCCUCCCCAGAGCCUCCCCAGCCUUCAGCCACCUCUGCUCAGGCUGGUCAGUUAGUUAGCUAUCAGACAAGUCCCCUACACAACCGACCCCUACCCCCCUCCUCUCACCCUCUCGCUGGCCCCUCACUCGUCCCUCCUCCACUGGGACAGGCCUUCCAUCCUCCAACUCCUGUAUUCCAGGGUCCUCUUCCUUCUCCUGGCUCUCUGCCUCCCACCCAGCCCCUGUCCCUCCAUGGUGCUCCCACCCAGUGCCCCCACCCCCAGCGACCCCCUCCUCACUUUCCCAGGGAACCCUUCUUCCCCCAGGCCCUCCCCCUCACCUCCGGGCCCCAAAUCAAACCACCCCCAACCACACCCAUCCCUCCAUCUCACAAGCAGCCACCACACCUCUCUUCUUCCCUUGCUCCCCCUUUCCCGCAGAUGCCGCCCAACCUGCCCCCUCCUCCGGCACUGAAGCCCCUCAACUCCCUGCCCAACCAGCACCCUCCCGGUGCCCCUCCACCCCCCCUCCAGCUCAUGCCCCAGUCCCUGCCCAUUCAGCAGGGACUCCCACCCCAGCCUCCCGUGCUCACGCAGCUGCAGAACCUCCCUGGCAGAGGCAGCCACUCCCACUCCCACUCCUCCCACCCCCACUCCUCCCUGCCCUCCUGCUCUGCCCCCUCAGCCUUGCACCCUGUCCUCUCUGCCUCUUCUCCCUCUACCAUGGGUCCAGUACCUAGUCUCCAACCCUCCUUCCCCUCCCUGCGCCCCUCGCCCGGAAACCCCAUUGUCAUUGGAGGGUCACAUGUCCAGAUUAAAGAGGAGCCAUUGGAUGAAUGUGAGGAGCUUGAGAGUCCGCCCCCUCCACCCAGAAGUCCCUCACCGGAACCUUUGGUUGUCAACAUCGCCAGUCAUGCCAGCCAAUCAGCACGGUUUUUCAAACACCUGGACCGUGGCUACAACUCGUGCUCCAGAACAGACCUGUUCUUCACUCCCCUAGCCUCAUCCAAGCUGGCCAAGAAGAGAGAGGAGGCUGUGGAGAGAUCCAAGAGAGAGGCUGAGCACAAUGCCCGGGAGAGGGAACGAGAGAGGCAGGAAGACAAAAAUGCUAGAGCGUCCAGCUCGUCCCAUGACAGCCGUAUGAGUGAUGUCCAAAUAUCCGGCCAGGUGCACAUGCGCUCCUCCUUCGAGCAGCCCCCCACCAGUGUGGCCGCUGUGCCACCUUACAUCGGCCCCGACACCCCGGCCCUGCGCACCCUCAGUGAGUACGCCCGACCCCACGUCAUGUCCCCCACCAAUCGCAACCACCCCUUCUUCGUGUCCCUGUCCCCCGGGGACCCUCUGCUGGCAUACCACAUGCCUGGCCUGUACGCCGCCGAGCCCAGCCUGAGAGAGAGGGAGCUCCGUAACCUCCGGGAGAGGGAGCUCCGCGAGAGGAUGAAGCCUGGCUUCGAGGUCAAGCCCCCGGAGAUGGAGACCAUGCAUCCAUCAGCCAACCCCAUGGAGCACUUUGCCAGACAUGGAGCCCUGGCCCUGCCGCACAUCGCUGGGCCGCCCCACCACCCCUUUGGCCACUUCCACCCGGUCAUGCAGAACCACCUGGAGAGGGAGAGGCAGGCACUGGCCCUGGCCGGGCCCCAGAUGCGUCCGGAGCUGAGCUACGCUGAGCGACUGACUGCUGAGAGGCUCCAUGCUGAGAGGAUGGCAUCUGUGGCUAACGACCCGGCCGCCAGGCUGCAGAUGCUCAACGUCACACCGCAUCACCACCAGCACUCCCACAUCCACUCACACCUGCACCUACAUCAGCAGGACCCACUCAACCAAGGUGAGGAUGUGUGUUACUGUCACCCAGGUAAUGGGCCCCACCCUCUGGAUCCCCUGGCUCCUGGGCCCCGUCUGGCCCGCUUCCCCUUCCCUGGAGGCCCCAUCCCCAACCCUCUGCUCAACGACCUGCCCCAUGACCAUGACAUGUUGCGACACCCACUGUUUGCCUAUGCCGCUGUUGCAGGAGCAGGGUACCCCCGUGAGCUCCAGGGGCCCAUCCCCCAGAUGUCUGCAGCCCACCAGCUCCAGGCAAUGCACGCCCAGUCAGCAGAGUUGCAGAGGCUGGCCAUGGAGCAGCAGUGGCUACACGGACACCACCACCUACAACACGGGGGGCCUCUGCCUGGACAGGAGGAUUACUACAGGUGAGCCGUCUGAAGAAAGAAGGUGACAAACCAUCGUGAGACACCUGACGAUACUACAGCACUCAGCUGCCACAUGCAGGGCCUGCAGCAGAAGCUGGAGGUCCUGAGACAUGAGCAGAGCCGGGAUCAAAAUCAUGCUAGGAAUAGCCCUGUCUGUUAGUUUCCCAGCACUGGUCCGAACCCCAACCCACCCCUGUCAGGGUGACAGAGAGCACGGGCCAGAUGUCCCCAGGACUUGUAGAGGUUCUGCCUGGUGAGUGAGGAGAAGAGGUGCUUCGAAGGUGUACGUCUCUGUGGUGCCUUGUAAAGCAGUGGCAUCAUGUGGUGUAAGGGAGACGGAAAGAGGGGCAGCAGGGCGGCUGCACCCUGCAGAGAGAGGACCCAGAGAAGGACCCUCAGAGAUGUGACCAGGGCCAGGCCAUUGCCCCCAGAGCCCUGUACCUUCCUCCUGUGAUGAUGGAGGAGGCGGAGGAGGAUCAGCUGGAGCUGUAUAGCCAGAUGGUGCUGGAUAAGCUGGCUAAGACCUCCUGGCAGAUGGUGUACCCAUACCAAACACGCUCUACCGCUGUGACUUAUGGACCAGGGACAGGCACAGGACCCUCUGCAGCUACAGCCUUACAGUACCCCAUGCAGGGCUUUCAGGGCCCCAGCAGGGCCUACGCGCUGAUACAGGACGUGACCAUUAGGAGCACCUGCAUCAUCAUGAACUCAAACUGCAAUCCAGAGCAGAGCAGCCAGCCUGACCACAGCAAGCCUGCAGCGGUCCCCUCAGAGAGCCCCAGGGGCAGGAGCACCAUGGCUAUACGUAGGUUCACCCAGAGAGGCCAGGGACAGAGGAAACCGCCCUUCAGGAGCAGGAGGAGGGCACUGAUGCCACCAAAGAAAAGGAGUAAUGGUGGAGUAGUGGGCAGGGGUCAGGACAAGAACCGACAGCCCCUCAAAAAUCAAAGGAAGCAGGGAGAUGGAUCGACUAGCAAGGAGCAGCAUGAUCCCAAAAGUAUGGAAAUGGACAUUCUCAAACCAGAACCUCAGAAACGACAGCAGGACAAGGAGAAAAGGUCUAACAAAGCCUCUGGAGGCUACCGCAACCAUUUCAGCUUGUGGUCCCAGGACAGUAACAGCUCUGUGUGCAGGGCCACAGGGAACAAUGUCAGGCCCGCCUAGGAAAAGACUCAGGCUGAGCCCCAGGCUGUCAGGCUGUGUUUUGAAAAAAAAAACUUGAAACUGAAAAUGUUACAUCUGACAUCUUAAGUAAGAUUAAACCUUUUAUAGAAAAUAAUGAGAGACGCUAAUAUUUGUGUUUUGUUGAUUAAUUGUGUGAUGAAAGGUCAGAGAAUAUCUGGCCACACAAAAAGGAGGGGAUGAAAAGAGGGAAGCAGUGGGAUGAAUAGUUGAAAGGAGAGAACUUUUUCUAUCUUUACUCACUGAGUGGAUUAUUGCCAACAAAACAGACCAGAUAUGUAAAAGUCUUAUGUUGUCAUAGUCAACCACAAGGGCACAUGCGUUAUAUGCUUGACAAAUAGCACAAACAUUUGACAUGACAAUAUCAUUUGUAUUCCUAAUGUUUUGUAUAGUACUGUACAGGGUUUCUAAACUUGGUUGGAGAGCGAGGUAGCGACAUUGUUCCUUCCCAUUUGAAGUAUUUCCACAAAUACAUGAUUAAGCCUGAGCAAAGACUCAAUUGUACAGUGGCUUGUGAAAGUAUUCACCCCCUUGGCAUUUUUCCUAUUUUGUUGCCUUACAACCUGGAAUUGAAAUAGAUUUUUCGGGGGUUUGUAUCAUUUGAUUUACACAACAUGCCUACCACUUUGAAGAUGCAAAAUAUUUUUGGUGUGAAACAAACAAGAAAUAAGACAAAAAAACUACUUGAGCGUGCAUAACUAUUCACCCCCCCAAAGCCAAUAUUUUGUAGAGCCACCUUUUGCAGCAAAUACAGCUGCAAGUCUCUUGGGGUAUGUCUCUAUAAGCUUGGCACAUCUAGCCAAUGGGAUUUUUGCCCAUUCUUCAAGGCAAAACUGCUCCAGCUCCUUCAAGUUGGAUUGGUUCCGCUGGUGUACAGCAAUCUUUAAGUCAUACCACAGAUUCUCAAUUGGAUUGAGGUCUGGGCUUUGACUAGGCCAUUCCAAGACAUUUAAAUGUUUCCCCUUAAAUCACCCAAGUGUUGCUUUAGCAGUAUGCUUAGGGUCAUUGUCCUGCUGGAAGGUGAACCUCCGUCCCUGUCUCAAAUCUCUGGAAGACUGAAACAGGUUUCAGAUUCUUUCAAUUCAAGGCUUCGUCUCUCUCAUUUAUUUAAUAUCUCAAUGUUCAAAGUUUAGCCGAUUCCAACAAUAGCAAAGGGGGUGAAUACAUAUGCACCCACCACUUUUCAGUUAAAUUAUUAGUAUUAUUUUUUUAACAAAUAAUUUUUUUCAUUUCACUAUUUUGUGUAUGUCCAUUACAUGAUAUCCAAAUAAAAAUCUAUUUAAAUGACA